AUGACACAAGGCAAUGCCGGACCCUCGCCCGCCCUCGUCGAGACCGUGGCCGGGCUCACGGCCGGCUCCGUCGCGACCCUGACCGUCCACCCGCUCGACAUUGUCAAGACGCGUAUGCAGAUCCACCGCAGCAGCGCAGCCCGCCCAGAGGGCAUGACUACCGUCUCCCUGCUCCGCAAGCUCCUGCAGGGCCCGCACCCGGUCGCCGCGCUGUACCGCGGCGCCGUGGGCGUGUACCCGAGCAUGUGGACUGGCUUCCGCACGAUCUGGGCCACCGAGGGCUACCGCGGGUUCUACCGGGGCCUGGGGAUCAGCAUGUUCGGCGUGAUGCACGGCGCGGUGCAGUUUGCCGUGUACGACCCGCUCAAGCUUUCAAAACGCGUGUCCUCCUUGUCAAGUCUUGACGUUGCGUGCAGCACAACACGUUGCCUGACGAGUGAAGGCGAACGGCUAGCCGUGGCCAUCUCUCUCGAGACCCUCCGUUGCACUCCAUGGUCGUCUCGCAUGAAGACCGGCACUCCUCCUCGGACCCAAUAAUGCCGUUAUUGCGAUAAUUCCGCUACCUGUAUGCAGAGGACGGCUCAGCAUAGCAGGGGUUCCAAUGGCUUGUGGCUAGCUGAGCUCGCGCUGCAUUAGCCCAGCUGCAUCUCUAAGCGUUGCGAUCCGUCCUGCUGCACAUGGAUGCUUCCUGGUAUGGCAUCGUCUGGCGUGUCGACAUCUCGAACUCGAGCAUCGAAAAGGUCUGUGGGGACGGCACGGGCGGCCUGGAUGGCAGAAGGCUGAUACUGGCGGCUCAUGCUGCCGCGGGAGGACUCGAGGACGGACUGGGCAUCACCUGAAGCCCGCAGGCGGAAGAGGAUGUCGAGAGCCUCGCCCUCGGGUGCGG